AUGGCCACCCCAAACGCUUUAGAAGGCUCCACGGACGUUGCAAAAUCAACCGCAACUUUCGCCGCCGGUGCCUGUUCCCUCGAACUUCCUGACUUAGAUCAAGACGCUUCGAUAAUAGACUUCGGUUUGGACUUUCAUGGCAUACCCCACUGCAUCGAUGCCUCCAUCUCCGAAGCUAUUUGGCAAGGAGUACCCAUCCAAGGUGAUGGUAGACACGCUUUGAAGGCGCUGGGGCGACACGAAGAGGAUGAUACUUUUAAUUUCCCUCAUUCGUCUGGUUUCACCCCCACUCCAGCACAAAGACCGAAGCGGAGCAGGGUACCAACUUGGAAGAAGAUUAAAGCGCUACGAGACGAGGUUGCCGAACUGACGGCUCGAUUGCGUACAUUGGAGGCAGAUCAGCAACGGAACGCUCAACAAACCCCCCGAGAUCUGAAUCCACUCAAGCGCUCCGAACUCUGGAAACAGAUUGCAGAGAGGCAGCUUGAACACCGGCAAAUCUCGGAAGAAGAAAACAUGAUGCUUCGUGAACUCAUGCACGUUCAGAUCCAAGAAGCCAGGAGCUUGCGGUGGGUGUUAAAGCGUCGAGAUAAAAUCAAGCUGUUGGGAACUGUACUCGGUGUAGAAGACUACUUGGAACCACCGAAGACUGCACCACUACCCGAUGUUACUCAAAGCGGCACGCAAGCAUUCGAGAAGAUUAUGCUAGACGUUGACCAUCUAUAUGUUCGAGCCGAAUCCAUAUUCAUGGAAAAGGGCAUACAGAAAAUCCCGUAUCCUGGCCGAAAACGUCGAGCCGUGGCUACCGCUCUAAACGGUGUGCGUUAUGAGCUGAUCGACCGAAGGGCGAUACCAUUCAGCUCCAAAGCAAUAGAAGAAGCGAUGUGGGACGCGCUUACCCAACUGGUGUUGACGGAAUUACAGUGCGUCAAAAUCACUGACACAGACGUCCAGUUUCAGACCGAGUACUCCGACCAAACCACAGCAACAUCGCUUACCAGCCUCUUCGUCACGUACUAUGGUACCGGCAACUUCGUGAUGUCAGUUAAGGUGCAGAAAAUCGUGCGUAAGUAUGUCGAAGAUAGUCGCUCCGUGUUCAUCUAUAGGCUCUACGUCGAGCCAAAAACUGCAAGUGAUCAAGUUGGCGUCCGCAUAGUGGUCACUUUAGUGCUGGAAGUGCAGUAUCACGGCGCGAUUUUUGCAGGUGACACUGCGUUGUUACAGGGAUACUUUUACGUGACGCGGUAUGACGAAGGUCUACCUGCAGGUCAAUUACUGCGAUUGUCCGCCAACCUGGACCUAGGCCUAGUAGUGUGGGAAGAGUUGGUCUUCCGGAUUUACCGUCACAUGGAAAACAAUCUGCCGGGGGAAACGUGCGCAGAAAAUGUUAGUGUUUAG